CCUGGGCACGGCUCUAAAAAUACCCUCAUGCCCUUGUGAUGAUGAUGGGUGUGUCCAACAGGAUGCUGAGUCUCUAUAACCUUGCAGUCAGAGGUCUCCGGAUGCAGUCAGACUGCUCCUGAGAUCUUUCACUGGAAGAUAAAGCAGCCAGCAGUACACAGAAUUUUAUAUGGAUACUUUGCCCCCACGCUCUGUGGCGGAAACCGGUUAUAUGAGAGGCGAAGAGGAGGACAAGGAAGAUGAGGAGGAGGAGGGAGAGGAGGAAGAUUGGGAUAAAGACGAUAAAGAAGAAGAAAAAAAUGAAUCAGCUGUCCAGAAGCAAAAAAACCCUGCCUGGGCUCCAUGUUUCUACUACAAAUUGGAUAAAGAGGUCUACCAGUAUGUCGGGCAGGAGAUCGUCAUAGAAGAAGGUCUUGACUCCUAUGCAGGCAUGAUAUGGCCGGCAGCUCUGGCUCUCUGCCACUACCUGGACACCCAUCGUGAACAGCUCAGUCUUGUGGACAAGGCAGUCCUGGAGAUCGGUGCAGGAACUGGCCUCGUGUCUGUCGUAGCAGCGCUCCUCGGUGCCUGGGUGACAGCCACAGACCUUCCAGUGGUCCUGAACAACCUGAGAGUCAACCUGUCCAGGAACACCAGGGGGCGUUGCAGACACACGCCCAAGUUGGCGGCUCUGUCCUGGGGCUACGACCUGGAGCACACCUACCCUUCAUCAGUGUAUCAUUACGACUACGUGCUGGCAGCUGAUGUGGUCUACCAUCACGACUUCCUGGACGAGCUCCUGGUCACCAUGAAGCACUUCUGCAAACCAGGAACGACUCUGAUCUGGGCCAACAAGGUCAGGUUUGAGACUGAUCUGACUUUCACUGAGAACUUUAAAAAGGCAUUUCACACAAGCCUGCUGGCUGAAGACGGAGAUAUGAAGAUCUUCAUGGCAACGUGUAGAGAGUGAGAGACAGAGAAGAUGUAGAUGGAUAACUCUAAGUCUAAUUCUAAGUUUACGUAACAAUUUGUUAAGCCAUUUAAAUGUGUUUGACAGUUUCUCUUUAAAUGUGUCUGAGUUUCUCAGCUUCAAGAAAGUUGAACCUGCCUCACAGGUUUCUUUUGAUGAUUUCCUGCAAACUUUUGUUUAUGAAUUUAUAAAAGAUCAAGAGUGUUAGUUUGGUUCUAUAGUGGCUAGAAGAUUUAAAAGUAAAGGUUUACACAGCCUCUCUUCAUCUCCAGCAUGAACAAAAUACUGAAUGUCGGUUGCAAUUUUGCAGUUUUCUUCAGUACUAUUAGUUAUGAUUAACCUGGAAAAUAUCAAUAUUUCUCUGUCCAUUGGUGGUCUGGGGGUUUAUUGCUGUUGUGUAGAAAGAAGAGCUUUUUACCUCUAUGUUCAUCAGGGCCUGAUAAUCUCAUCUCAUAAUCUGUCCAUCAGAAGAGAGUUGGUGGUUAUUCCCUGCUGGCUUCAUGUAUGUACAGAUUUAAAACAUAAAAUGCUCAUAUUUAAACUCUUUAUUAUUCACUGUUUACAACUGUGAGAACUACAGGGGUUGCCUCCUGUAGAGGCAGUACAAAAUGAAUUUUAGCUUAGCUGUUGUCUUUUCAUUUAUUGAGAAUAUGAUGGUCUUUUUCACUCCAUGUUAUCCACGUCUGAUACCAUGUUUACUACCUUAUGGCGCACCAUAUUUAGCCUAAAAAAAGCCUGUGCUACAUAAGGUUCAAUAGUAGUUCAUUAAAAUCACAUCAAUUAUCUCUGUGUGGGAGUGAAACAAUUAGUUAAUGAAUUAUAGUCAAGUAGACAUUUGUUUUUUCAAUUUUUAAGAUCAAAUGCCAAAACAUUUGGUGGUUCCAGCUUCUGAAAUGUGAGGAUUUAAUGCUUUUCUUUACCAUAUGUGACAGUAACCUAAAUAUCUAUUUUUUUGGACUACUAAUGGAUAAACCAUAUUAAUAGAUGUAAUUUUCGAAUUUUCUUUUUUACUAGUUUAAUAUUUUAAAGAUAACAAUUUAUCAGUGAAUAAAGAAAACUCAUGUAUUACAUAGAUUUGCAGCCAUUGCACAGUAUGACGUCUUGUUUUUUUAGCGUGUGAACUGUAUUUUUUACACGUUUAAUAAAAAAAUGAAUGAAAACCCUUUA